AACGCAUCAGCGGCUUCGACGAUUUUUCUGGUUCAAAAUGGCGGCCGAGUGGGAUAAUCUUAUACCGGAUACGAGAGAGUUGCCUGCUGAAAACGGUUCAUUUCACGACGAAUUUGAAGAAACCAGCAAGAAGAAACCUACAUCUCACAAAACAAAAAAGCCAAAAAAGAAAAAGGAAUAUUCUGCUGUCUCAAAUGAACAUGAUGUUGAUGUGACAGAAUAUAUCAUGGAAUAUACAGAUAUCUUUGAACCAAGUGCACAGAAAAGGGUAGAUUUUGUUGACAUUCAAGAAGGAGACACAAUUUGUGAAGCCUCGGAUGAUGAAAUUGUUGCCCAUAGCAUGGAACAGAAAGCAUACGAGCGUACGGAUGUUGCGGAAACUGAUUCUGAUAAUAGCGAGGACCUCUCACGGUUACCCCCGGUCGACAUGGGUAUGGAUACCUUUGGGAUAGAUGUGGAUAUGGCAUUGAAUAAUGGAAUUGCUGAUGAUAGUGAGGAGGAGAAUGACGAGGCUGUGGAGAUGGAUAAAGAGGGUCGUAAUAGUCGUAAUAGGGUGAGUAAUGACAUUGAGACAAGUUUGGUCGGAGUUGAAGAAAAUAGGAAAGGUGAUGAUAAGGAAGUGGAAGAACAUGACAUUAAUGAUGAAACUGAACAAGUGAAAAUACCAAUGGUGAAGGGCAAAGGAAAGCAAGUGGAAAGAAUGAGAGAAAAUACACAAAUGGUGAAGGAAAAAGGAAAAGAUGAAACUAAACAAGUGAGAGUACAAAAAGAAGAUGAAAUUGAAGAAGAAGAAAGUGAAAGUGAGGAAAAAGAAAUGGGUAAGGUGGAAGAGAAAGAAUCAGAUGAUGAAAAAGUGGAAGAUGAUGAAAGUGAUGACACAACUGAAGUUGAUAAACUGCUUGCAGAUGAAACAAAAGUUGAAAAAACAAUAGACCAAAAGAAAGCAAAAAGUAAAAUGGUCAACUCAGAAACCCAGGCUCAUGAGGUUGAACCACUUUUGAACACUUCACAGACCCCCUCCCCUUCCAUAACCCCAUCUCCCAGGCACACACCCUCCCCUGAACCCCAGGAAUCCCCAAGGGAGAGAAAACCAUUCACACCCAGAGAAUACCCUGGGAAGGCGGUGAAAUCUAUUGCAAUUGGAACUGAUGAUGAUUAUCCAUCUAAUGAGUAUAAAAGACAACGACACACCAAGGCAAGCCCAGGGCAGGCCCAGAAGAGAGCCCCAAAGGGUAAGGGUUCUACCCAAGGAACACCCUCGCCAAUUGAAAAUGGUGUGCACACUGCGACAAAGGUGGGCCCCUUGAAAUCUGGUCGCACCCCAACGUCGGCUUAUCAAAGACAACAUCGCGACACACCCAUUUCAAGGUCGGGCAAAACCCCUCAGGGGGAGAGAGACAGUCAUUCAAGCGAUGCAAUGUUCUUCAAGCAGCGGAUAACACAGACCAGCAAACGACAUCCGAAGAGACAUGUGUGGUUGGUCAGGGAUAGUGAGAUACAUCGCUUGAUUGCAGAGAAAGCGGCAAUAUUACGAAGAUACAAAGAGGAAGGCAUCACAGGUCGACAGAAAUUCAAAGGUUUCCCGAAUUAUUCAGAAGUCGAUGUACUUGGUUUGCCGUCCGUUGGUUACUCGGGUGGGACUAGGGACGACUCCUAUCGACAUUCUUUACCUUACGGCAGACACCCCUCGUCCCAGUCCUCCCAGGGGGGCUAUCGUGGGUCGUCGUCCGAAGACGAGGAUGAGAAGACGAAUAGACUGGGAACGAAAGGCGGGAAAUCGGGAACUUUUGCAGUCGGACUUGCAGCGAGGAGAGAGCAAGCGGCGAGCACGAAGAAACAUGUGCCUGGUGACGAGGAAGAAGGCUGUGAAUUAUGUGCAGCCGAAGCUAGGGAAAAGGAAAAACACGAAAAAAAGUUGAAGGAACUUGAAGAUGCUGCGAAGGCCGGACCUCAUCAUCCACGAAACCUAAUGUUAGGAAUAGUUUACUCUGCCAAGUUUUUAGGAAGUACAAAUUUACUGUCUCCGUCAGCUCCCAACAAGGCUGUCCGCCUGCAGCAAGCCCAAGAAGCUAUCGGCCGUAUCAAGGUCCCUGAAGGAGAGGAACAGCCUUCAUCUGACGUCGAUCUUUUUAUCUCAACUGAACGAAUCAAGAUCGUCAGCUCUGACAACAAGCAACCAUUGACUGAUCAUCAUCUGAAGACGAUAUCUUUCAUCGCUGAUAUUGGUGAUAUUAUUGUUGUGAUGGCGAGACUUUCCACAGACACAGACGGCAAAACCUGGUCAGGAAAAUUGCCCGACUUUAGCCCUCAGAAACAACAGCAAGAGGAGAAAACAACGAAAGUCAUUUGUCACGUUCUUGAGACAGCUGAGGCUCAGACUGUGGCCAAGACAGUUGGCCAGGCGUUUAAUAUUGCUUACCACGAGUUUCUCAAGACGAAUAGACUGAAUCUUGGGGAAAUUGAAGAUAUGGAAUAUAACGGCAUCUUGGAACAGCAGAAAAUUCUUGGAGAAGAAUUAUCAUUACUUGCUGAUGAGAGUAAGACGAAAGAGAUUGUUAUUCAUAAGAAAUACGGAGAAAGUCUUUUGUUGAUGAUUGUUGAGAGUGGUUGGGGUUCAAUGAUUCCCACGGUGGUCAUCGCUCAUAUGGACAACAAAGGACCAGCUGCCAAGUCAGGACAGUUGAAUGUUGGCAAUCAAAUACUGGCUGUGAAUGGUCAAAGCUUGGUUGGAUUACCCCUACUGGAGUGUCAGAAUAUUAUUAAGGUACAGAAAUAUGAAGAACGUGUUGCAUUUAAAGUGGUCUGUUGUCCACCGACUGUUGAAAUUUCCAUCAACAGACCAGACACGAAAUAUCAACUUGGAUUCAGCGUGCAAAACGGAAUGAUAUGUAGCCUGAUGCGGGGCGGAAUUGCGGAACGCGGCGGAGUUCGUGUGGGUCAUAAAAUUAUUGAGAUGAACGGGGAGAGCGUUGUGGCAGCUUCUCACCAUCAUAUUGUUGAUGUUUUACAGACCACGAUUGGAGAGCUACGAAUGAAGACGAUGCCAAUCACCCUCUAUAAACUUCUCGUUGGACUUGAGCUUCCGCAAUAUUUAUAGACGAAGAACAAGCGCAAGUAAGAGUUUUAUAUAUUUGAGAGUUUUUAAUACGAGAUUGAAACCUGUUAGUCUUGUGCAGCUUGAACCAACAUAAUAAACACACUCAGAGUAAACAGAUAAAGUCUUUUAAACAGUGUUUUAAACGUGUACAAUAUACAAUAUACACAACAAUGCCGCUGCUACACAUGUAAACAUGUGUUAGGAGAUUUAGAGCAAAAUGAAAUCGUAUAUUUAGUGGUAUAUUUAUAGAGUGUAGAGCCUGUUAAAACCAGAAAUAUACAAUCAAAUAUAAAUUACCUUUACUGAAAUACUUGUGACGGAUAUUCACAUGAACUGAUAGGUGAGGACAUGGAUUGAAGCUGGGGGUUUUUAUUGGGCCGAAGUAAAUUAGAAACUCUGCCUUUGACACAAAGUUUAAGUGUAAAAUUCUGAAAUAAUAUGACCUCGAUUGACGAUGGUAAAGGUGGAAGAGUAAAACGGAAGGAAAAUAUUUGAAAUGAUGUUGGAAUUACGAUACAAAUGACUGGUUCAAAACCUAUUAUCCUACUAGUUAUUAGGCAGCCCAAGUGCCGUGAAAGUCUCAGUUCAAUCGCUCAGAGGAAGUCAUGACAGGCACUUACACAAAACAUUAGAAACAUGAAUGCAACGCCAUUCGUCAGCAAUUUCAGGAAAUAUAAAAAAGGAGAACUUCCAAAGAAUAAAUUCAUCUUAAAAGUCAAGAUAAAUAAAACAAGAAAGGAGAAUAUACGAGACUUAAUUCUGGAUUCAAAGUCAGUAAAGAACUUCAACUUUUUAACUGACUUCAUCCUUA